AUGGAUGAAGAGAGUCUGGAAGCAGCGAUCCAGACCUACAACGCGCAGCUGGAGCAGGUGGAGCUGGCGCUGGGGGCGGGCCAGGACCCAUCGCAGCAGUCCGACCUGAUCCAGCUGCAGGAGGACUUGAAGCAGCUCAUAGAACUGACCGAGUCGAGCCUGGUGGCUGUGAAAAAGAGCAAACUUCUGGCCACUUUGGACACAGAUGCCUCCUCCUCCUCCCCAGCAGGUCUCCCAGGGCAGGAUUCCCACCUGGAGAGCUCUGCCCAAGAUGAGGAAUACGCUGCUUUUAAGGAAGCCAUUGCUGGGCUUGGAACAGACGAGGAGCCUCCAGCUGGUGACAACGAGAUCUCCUCGGAGAGAGAGGGAAAAACUGGGGAUAAAACCAAAUCAAAGUGCAGUGAAGAGGAGGAGGAGUCUGAGAGAGAGGAGGAGGAGGAGGAGUUGAGUGGGAUGAAGGUUAAAGCCCCCUACUACAGCUCCUGGGGGACCCUGGAGUACCACAAUGCCAUGAUUGUGGGGACAGAGGAGCUGGAGGAUGGCAGUGCAGGGGUCAGGGUGCUCUAUCUGUACCCAACCCACAAGUCCCUGAAGCCGUGCCCGUUCUUCCUGGAUGACAAGUGCAGAUUUAAGGAGAACUGUCGGUUUUCCCAUGGUCAGGUGGUGUCCGUGGAGGAGCUCCAGCCGUUCCAGGAGCCCGACCUGAGCAGUCUGGGGGUGGGCUCAGCCUGCCUGGCCAAGCACAGUGAUGGGAUCUGGUACACGGCCAAAAUCACCGAUGUGGACAGUGGUUACUACACGGUGAAAUUUGACUCCCUGCUCCUCAAGGAGGCCGUGGUGGAAGGGGACAGUGUCAUUCCACCCCUGAGAAGUGAAGAUGCUGCUGAAUCUGGCGAGUCUGAUGAAGACAGUGUGGAUGAUUCUGGUUAUGCCAAAGUGAUAGAUUCAGGGGUUCCAGAGAACGGGGAAUGGACCCCUGCCUGCAGCUCCUCUUUCGGUGGCUGGGAGGCCCAUACUCGUGGCAUUGGCUCCAAACUGCUUGUUCAGAUGGGAUAUGAGUUUGGAAAAGGCUUAGGGAAGAAUGGUGAGGGCAGAGUGGAGCCAGUGCAGGCUGUGGUGCUUCCUCGAGGGAAGUCCCUGGACCAGUGUGCUGAGGUGCUUCAGAACAAGAAGCAGGGGAAGCUGGAGCCAGGCAAAUCGAGGAAAUGCCGAGCAAAGGGAAGCAGCUCUGGACAGACGGGCGGCCGUAAGGCCCCGCGCAACGUGUUUGACUUUCUGAAUGAGAAACUGCGCGGGAAGAGCGCUGGGGACAAGGCUGGGGGGAUGGCUCUGCCCCAGAGGAACAGCAAAGAGAUCUACCAUGCCAGCAAGAGCACCAAGAAGGCCCUGAGUGUCAGCCUCUUCCAGACCACAGAGAAGAUUGAGCAAACCCAGAGGGAUAUCAGGGGAAUCCAGCAGGCCCUGGCACGCAACAUCGGGCGGCACAGCAUUGCUGCUGCUCAGCUGGAGGAAAAGCUGGCUGAUGCUCACAAGCAGCUGGGGCAGCUGCAGGCCCAGGAAGCCAGGCUGCAGCGGGAGCAGAAGAAAGCAGACACCCACAAGAAGAUGACUGAGUUCUAGGUGCUAAGGAAGGUGUUGGACUGCAGGAGAUGUCUUUCCAGUGCUCCUGGCCUCAGAGCCUCGAUGAGCUGUCCUGCUCAGCUGGGCCUCAGGCUGCCCAGCCUAAAACUGGGCAAAAAAGCAGCAGUUUCUGGAUGCUUCUGAGCUCUUCUGGGAGGGGAAGGAGUGCACAUCCGUCCAGCCCCAAAAGCAUUCAGUGAGCCGGGCCUUGGAUGAGGCCUAGCUACAAGGAAUACGAUUCUCUGCUCUCUUGCACUCUUCUUUCCUUCAUUUUCCCUGUACUAGCAGCUCCAUCCAGAGUCUGUGGGUGCUCAGGUGACAGCACUGCUGGCUACAAACCAGCUGAGGGGGCUUGGACAGCCCCACAUCCUGCCAUUAACUGUGGCUUCUGUCUGUGGCCACCUGCCAAGCUCAGGUGCAGGUAGGGUCCUGACCAUGGCUGGGUGAAAACAUCAAAGGUCAAGUGCUUUAGCUGCUCUCUGCCUUCUGGUUUUUACUAUGGGAUUUGUCUGGGAACUCCAUUUUUGGAGGGGAGCAGUUCUUUGUAGCCUGAGUGUAAGGAAGAGACAGAAAACUGACAGCUCAGAGGUGGGAACCAGUAGCCUGGAGCAUCAGAUUUCAGCAGUUUGACUGUAAGAGUGUCCCAGGCCAUGCUGUAGCCAAACUCACUGGCUUGGCAUGGAAAGCUGCCUGAUUCCACAAGUAGGGUGCCAUAGCUGGGGGAAUAAGCCAGCAGCAUAAUGGAAUUUCCAAAUCUCCUAUCCAGGAACAGCUCCACAGGGAACCUUGUGAUUUUUGCCACCAUUAGUUGGGUUUUUCUGUCCAGGGUGGCUCACUGACCACAGGUCCUUUUACUAAAAAACUUCAGGACCCCGAUCCAGGUUGGACUGGGCCCUGGAUGAGCACAAAGAUCAGGUUCUGUGUGAGCCCAGCGUGCAGCACUGCAGUGGGAGAGCUUGGGGCUGGGCUGGAAGCAGGCCAGGCAAGCCAGAUGCUCUUCCCUGCAACGUGGGAAGUGUUUGGACAGGAAGGAUGUCCUCUCCCCUUGGUUACAUUCUGUGUUGGUGGUGGCCAGUCCUUGCCUCAGAGGAGAUGCUGGUUUCAUCAUCUGGUGGGAUUUCUGCAUUGUAAAGGCUUUUUUUUAAAAAAUAAAUAAAAUUAGCAA